GAUCUUGUGCUUAGGAGGUGGUGGAACCGCUGAGCUAAAUUCCCCCCCCCCCAGUUGAUUAUUAAUGCUGUUGGAGGACCAAGGGCUGAGCCUAGGAAGUAACCAAUAAACUUGUUAAACAAAAAUUAAACAAUUUAGUGGAAAGGUACAGACGCCUAAAUGCUAGCCCCUCGGUACCCCUGUCUUUAGAUCGGUGAUCUCUAGUGAGGCAGUGCUUGGGAUUUGGGUUGGUGGGUUGUGGGUAUUUGCGGAAAAACUGGUUUAUCCUGCUGUUAAACCUGCUUGGAGGAAAGGUGGUUGCCUGCCAGGGGCGGCCCAUUUCCCGAGCCUAAGCUCAGGAUAAAGUUUAUUGGUCUAGGUGGAUAUAAGUGACGGGGCCCGAGCCAAUCAGUGGAAGGGAAGAAAUGCCUCUACAAGCUCUUCCUGUUUCGGACGUUUCUGUUCUGCGCAUGGGCAGUAGUGAGCUGUGGCCCAGACGCGGGAAAUGGUUGUGUCCACGUCUAGGGCGUCGUCUUCGCCAACAGUUUCGCGACAGUGUUCGUAGUUACCCUCAGUAACUACGAAAUUCGCCCGGCGAAUUUCAUUGACGGGAUCGCCUUCGUCCCUUGGGCCUGAACGCUGGAGCUGAGUCCCGAGAGGAAUCCGCGGUGAGGUAAGGGGGCUGCAGUCCCGGGCUAAUCUGCGAGAAUCUCUUGGGUUCCAGUCCCAACCUCCGUCCGCGGCCCCAGGCAUGGCCGAGGAGCGGCCUGGGGCCUGGUUCGGAUUCGGAUUCUGCGGCUUCGGGCAGGAUCCGGGCUCGGGGCGGGAGCAUCAAGUGCUCAGUCCCGAGCCGCUGCGGGCAGGCGGGGACAUCUGCCACGUGAGCGCGAGCUGGAGCUACACCGCCCUGGUGACCCGCGGAGGCCGCGUGGAGCUGUCGGGCUCCGCGAGCGGCGCGGCAGACGGCUGCAGGGACGCGUGGGCCUCCGAGGGGCUUCUCGUGCUGCUGCGCGACCGCUCAGGGUCUCGGGCGGAGCUGCAGGCCUGGCCGCCGGGCUCUGGGCUGCGUGGGGAGCCGCUCUGGGCCCAGGACCCGGAGGCCGAGGAGGGAGAUGAGCCGGGCGCCGAGGGCCGGACGGGGUUACUGCCUCUGCUGCCCGGCUCCAGGGCCUACGUGAGUCUGCAGCCGCCCCUCCGCCGCGCCCUGGCCCCGGAGCUGCGCGCGCGCCGCCUGGAGCUGGGCAUUGAGCAUGCGCUACUGCUGGACGCUGCUGGCCAGGUGUUCUCCUGGGGCGGGGGCAGACAUGGACAGCUGGGCCACGGCACGCUGGAGGCGGAGCCGGAGCCAAGGCCAUUGGAGGCGUUGCAGGGCCUGCCCAUGAGCCAGUUGGCCGCAGGGGGCUGGCACUCCGUGUGUGUGAGCGAGACUGGGGACAUUUAUAUCUGGGGCUGGAAUGAAUCUGGGCAGCUGGCCCUGCCCACGAGGAGCCUGGCAGAGGGCAAGAGGACAGACACAGGGGAAGAUGAAGGGCUGAAUGAAGAUGGUUCCAAAGUGGAGAGAGCAGCUGAGGCCCCUGCACCCUUCAUAGCCAUCCAGCCCUUCCCAGCCCUGCUGGACCUUCCCCUGGGCUCAGAGGCAGUCGGGGUCAGCUGUGGAUCCCGGCAUACAGCUGUGGUUACCCGAACAGGAGAGCUGUACACCUGGGGCUGGGCAUCUCACUGAAAACUGAAUCCAGGGAUCUUGGAGAUGAGACCAAGUAGAUGAAGAUGCCCUUGUACAGAGUUACUAACCUUGCUGCCAGAAGGAGGAAGUCGAGACAUAGGAGAGUGGUAGACUGUCCCCCCAAAGGCAGGACGAAUGCUACUAUUGGCUGCAGCAUUGGACAUGGUGGUAGUGUUCAGCUGAGAAGAACAACAGAUCUAUUACUGAUGUGAGGUAACACGCUCAGCCUUGCCAGCAACCUGUCUGCCCCCCCAAAACGACAUGCGUAUACAAAGCAGUUCAGAAAAGAUGAGUCUACUUGCUAAACAGCCUGCUCGGUUAAUUCUGCACAUCUUUGCAGAAACUCAUGAAAAGUUUAAAGCCUAUUUAUACCCAACAAAUGGAACUGUAAAGUGGUGCACCUACUUAUGCCACAGACAUCUAUCAUAUGACCCUAAUAUUCUAUCCAAGAGAAAUGAAAGCAGUUUAUCUAUAGACUUAAAAAUGAGUACGGCAGUUUUAUCUGUAAUAGCCAAAGCUAGAAAUAAUCAAUACUCAACAGGUGAAUGGGCAGAUUGUGAUGUAUUUAUAGAAUGGAAUACUGCUUCACAAUAAAAAGGAGUGAACUAUUGAAACAUAA